GCGGCCGCGGCGGUGAGUGGCGACGGGUACGACUCAACGACUGGCGAGGUCAGUCUGUCGAUGGCAUCCACUCGUGUAUGAACCGCGUCGUGCGACGUUACAUUAUUGUUCAUCUCCUGUUUUCCCGUCGAAUUCGAUCGCGUAUAUUUUAUCUGUGCGGCGUGUUUCUGCAGUGCUCACAUCUACGGGUCGAUUUAAAAUAAUUAUUUUUACGAUCGUUUUUCACCAACCUUGGGUUGAUCAUUUAUUUUGAUUUUUCGUCCGUCGUGAAUCGUGGUGUGCGGUGGCGGUAGAUAACCCGAACGUAAACCUAUGUGGCUGUACAAAUAUCGGUACAAAAGCGCGGGUGAACCAUCGAAGAAAUGACCGUCGCCGCGAUUUCGCGGCUUUGGCCCGGCGGCGGCGGUGGUGUCGCGGGUCGGCCCCGCUACAUUAUCGAGACGACGACUACUGUUCUGCUGCUGGUGCCGCUUUUCCUGCUGGCCCUGGCGACGGCGUCACGUGCGUCCGACAGCUGUGAUUGGAGUGGAAGCGGACUGACGUCGGAUUCGUCAGAACACUCAGUGCGGCCCGUUCGAUUGGACCGGUGCUGGGCGGGCACGGUGCGCUGGUCGUACCCUCGGGGAGCUCUAAGGGUGGUAUUCCGGUUGACGGGCACCAGUGGCGGUCGCGAGUUCCGCGUCUGCCUCAAACCGGACAGGCUGGACGGCGUUCGUGUGCUCUUGGACAGCGCACCUCGUCGCCUGAUCGCCGUAUACGAUUACCGCAAGGCCGGUGAGCCGCUCCGGUCGCGGUGCUUCAAGAGCGUCGGUGGCACAGCCGCUUUCUACGUGGAGGCGGACAAGACGGGUGACCGGUCCGGUCCCGUCCGGUUCCGUUACGAUCUCGAACCACUCGCCGAGCCCGCACCUCAACUGUUCGUAGCCGACAACCUCGAUGACGAGUGCCGGCCGUGUACCGUAGAAGAAAUGACACAAGCUUACUGCACGAGUAGUUUAGUGGUCCAAGGCACUAUAGUGGGCGUGUCUUACGACGGUGAUGUGUCGCGCGUGCGCGUAAUGCCCACCAAGGCGCAUCGUCUGCCACCCGAAGAGGACGAUCGGGUGGUGGUGCGAGACGACCGGCCGAUGACCAUUACGUUCGGUCGGGGUUGCAGGCCUGCCGCCGGGCCCGGUGAGUUCGUGUUCAUGGCCCGAACCAAGUUCGACGAAUUGGCCCUGCGAUGUGCGCCCAGGCUGGAGGAAUGGAGGCAAGCCGUCAAGGCAGACAAAGCUCCAGGUUGCAUUCUGGCCGGUUAACCUUCAAAAAAUACAUCAUAUAUUAUACGUUCAUAUAUAUAUAUAAAUAUAUAAUGUAUAAAUAUAUAUGUCUAGGAUAAGAUAGGUACCGUACGGACGUGAUAUAGGUAUUAUAUACUUUACGUAUUAUGCGUAUGGUACCUAAGUAGGAACUGUUAUAUAUUACAUACUAUACAGGGUUACCAAAACCGUUGUUGAUUUACGUUGUUUAAAAACUAUUUUUUAUGUUCAAAAGUCAUGUUAUAAUAAUAUUUUAUUUUGUACAGAAUAUGUGUAAAAUAGCCAUUUUAGAUUUAUAUUUUUAUGUAGCCAUAUAAAGGUAAUCUAUACAUUAUACUUUCAGUGGACGCUAUUAAACAAAGAUCGCUAACUGCAACUGCUAUGCAUAUAAAAUAUGAUAUUCGUUUCGUCAAACGAGCAGUCGUAUACUCGUGGAUAGUAUACUCAUAAUAUAAUCUUAUAAUUAAUGCAAUGCAAAUUCGUUCGCGCGUGGAGUUAGCAGAAAUUGCAUUCUGCUGAACGGGUUCACCAGAAAGGUAGGAUGAGGAGAAGGAAGUGGGCAAGGACUCGUGUACAUAUUAUAUUAUCAUAUUUUCCUUAUUGACAUAGAAGAAGGGUUCUGCGGCUGUGAUCUGAAACUGUUUACAUAAAAAUUCAAAAAAAAUGUAUUAAUACACAAUGAACGUGCAUUUACCCUUAUAGAUACUUAUAAUGUAUAUGACAUCUAGACGGCAUGUCAAAUUUCUGAGCGUGUGAGAGAAUGUACUAUACAUUAUAGAAAUCUAUAAUACAUAAUCGUUUAUUUCUGACUGGUAGGUAAAUAGUUCAGCUCUUGCACUGCUUUUCGUAAAAUUGAUUGCAUAUAAUAUAUAUAUAUUAUAAUAUGUAUGAUACGAUAAUAAUAUACAAUAAUAUUAUACUGUUGGUAAUUUAAAGACUUUAACGCACGCCAGUCGACGAGACUAUACAAAUAUAUACGAACGAAUUUUCCAUGCAUAUAUUUUACUAGAGUCCCGACUAUAUUUUGUCACUAAAAAUCAUGAGAUUUACAGAUUCGUUUUUACCCCAUGUCUCUAUUAUUUUAUGCAGAUGUCACGCUUAUUAUACUAUAUUUUAAUUGUUUACCCUAUUUUACUGCUGUAGCAUCUGAACCAAAAGGUACUUUUAACUCCCUCUCCCGUACGUUUAUGUAAUGCUAUAAUGUACGCUCGGUAUAUAUGAAUUGUAUAUCGUUCAUAUGUGAAUCUAUGUGCCAAACCUUAAAUAAAAAAAAA